AUGUCGGCUUUUCGCGCAAUAAACGAACGUUCAAUUUUGCUAGAUCAUGCCAAAAGUAUUGCGAACCUGUACUGUGAUAAUUUCUACGAUAAAGAUAUUAAGAGAGCUUGGUUGGCUUCAGCCCUUUUCGAGAUUAAUGUGCCUUACGAUCGGCGUGAAGAAACGGAAAGCGAACCUCGGCCCAAGAAGCGAAAACGCAUGAAAAUUGAUCCAAAAUUGGAUGAUCUCACAUUGAAGAUAUCCGAGAAUCUAUCGGAAAUAAAGCAAGACUUACAAGAAGUGUCUGAGAUCAGCGAAUGGCGUAAUAAGUGCGCUCUAGAGUUUGUAGAUAAUUUUAAUUCACAAGCCGUUUACGAUGCUGAGCGUUGCUUUAGCGGAAAGAACGAUUCCGAGUACACUGUCAUCACGGAAGUGGAUGGCGAAAGCUACCUAGUGCCACCGAAGGUCAGAUUUUUCAACGCACCUAUCAGCCAUUUCGGCCAACUCAUCGGGGAAAGCGAAAAAUUUGACCUUAUAGUAUUGGAUCCUCCCUGGUGGAAUAAGUACAUUCGUCGGGUGAAAAUGUCGAACUCCACUGCGGCCUAUCAAAUGUUGGCAAACGAGGAUAUUAAAGAGAUCCCACUGGAACGUCACCUGCACGACGAUACGUUUGUACUCGUAUGGUGUACGAACGCUGAGACCCACGUGAACGCCAUAACCAAUCAGUUUUUCCCCAAAUGGGGACUCAAACUGGUGGCCGUUUGGUACUGGACAAAGAUCACAAGAGCAGCACAUCCUGUGUGCAAGUUUAACGAACCAAACAAAAAGCAACCCUACGAGCGGCUCUUCAUCGGUCUGCCGGCCCAUUCGACGAAGGCGGAAUCGUUCCCCAGAGAACGAUUCCUUUACAGUAUUCCGUGUGCCCUGCACUCCCAUAAACCGCCGCUCUAUGCUUUGUUCGAGACGUUGAAGCACGUUCCGAGAAACCCGAACUGUUUGGAGCUCUUCGCCCGCAGCCUGCAUACCGGAUGUACGUCUGUUGGGAUGGAAGUGUUGAAACUGCAAAACAAGCGACUCUUUAGACUGGCCACGGAAGACGCCAAAGAUGGGGCGUGAGAGUGCAUAAAAUAAAUAUGUCGA